AGCGACGGCGGAUGAAGAACCUACCCAUCCAUUACUUCCAUUAUCUUUCUCCAGCUUCUCGGGUCUUUUCAUUAACAAAACCUUGAAGAAAAAAAAAAAGAAAGAAAAUGAAUCGUUUUGUACUAAAGUCGGUGAUGCAAGGCCUGAUCAAUGGCCGAAGCUAUAGCAUCGGCAAUGAAUACGUGUAUAGGGCCGCCGUAGUUGGGAGAAGCGCGCAGUUGAGUGGACAACAAAACGGCAUCGUGUUUGGAGGGUUUGAGUGGAGAAGGAUGAUGAGCUCUGAACCAGCUUCUGUGGAAAAAGCGCCGUUCGAGAAGGAAGAUAAAAAGGAAAGUCCGGUGACCGAAGACAAGAAGGGGAAGGAAGUGUUGGCGUCAAGUUAUUGGGGGAUUUCAAGGCCUAAGAUCACCAGAGAGGAUGGCACUGACUGGCCUUGGAACUGUUUCAUGCCAUGGGAAACGUACAGGGCGGACGUGUCAAUUGACUUGAAAAAGCACCAUGUACCAAAGAACUUUACAGAUAAAUUUGCUUACAGGACAGUCAAACUCCUGCGGAUUCCUACAGAUAUAUUCUUCCAGAGACGCUAUGGCUGUCGUGCUAUGAUGCUGGAAACAGUGGCGGCUGUCCCUGGUAUGGUUGGAGGGAUGCUUCUGCAUCUGAGGUCUCUCCGUAAGUUCCAGCAAAGUGGUGGUUGGAUUAAAGCCUUGCUUGAAGAAGCAGAGAAUGAGAGGAUGCAUUUGAUGACAAUGGUGGAGCUUGUGAAACCCAAGUGGUAUGAGAGGCUUCUUGUUCUGACCGUGCAAGGAGUCUUCUUUAAUGCCUUCUUUGUUCUUUAUUUGCUCUCUCCCAAACUGGCACAUAGAAUUGUUGGGUAUUUGGAGGAGGAAGCUAUUCACUCUUAUACGGAGUAUUUGAAGGAUAUUGAAAGUGGUGCUAUACAAAAUGUUCCAGCACCUGCCAUCGCAAUAGAUUACUGGAGAUUGCCAAAAGAUGCUACCCUCAAGGAUGUUAUAACUGUGAUUCGUGCUGAUGAAGCUCAUCAUAGGGAUGUUAACCAUUUUGCUUCUGAUAUUCAUUUUCAGGGAAAGGAAUUGAGGGAGGCACCGGCUCCUCUUGGUUAUCAUUAACUCUUGUGAUGGAUUAUGAAUAUUGUUUUAGAGGUUCCUGUUUGAUGCAAACUGGAAUAGUGUAUAUUUCUUUGUUAUAUUGUGAGGCACAUGAUCAAUAAGAGUAUGGAUUGAUAGUUUUCUGUAUGGAAAGAAGAGGGUGAGUGGGGCGUAUGAUAAGUUCCAAAUUUGGAUGAAUUUUUAUGAGCAUUAAUAUUGAAGAAUAUGGCUACUUUGGCAUUUUCUUAUCUUGC